CCCAGGAGAAGAAGAAUCAUCAUCAUCAAUCAUCAUCACCAUAAUGUCUUCUGCGGAGUCUGCGAGUCUGGGCCGAGCGCUGUGCAUCAUCACCGGGGCCUCCAGGGGCUUCGGCCGGGAAGUGGCCCGGGAGCUGUCACGGCUGGUGACGCCGGGCUCCGGACUUGUGCUGGCGGCUCGCUCCGGUGAGGACCUCCAUGCUGUGCGAGCAGAGCUGGCCGCCUCAGAGGCGGGCCGAGCCGGGCUCAGGGUGGAGAGCGUAGUGGCUGACGUGGGUCGGACGGAGGGGCUGGAAGUAAUUAUCAGAGCCGCGAAAGACGCGCUUAUCGAGCAGGUGGAUCACGUGAUGCUGGUCAACAACGCAGCCUCUCUGGGUGACGUGUCACGCUUCGCUGUGAGUUUCAGCGACCUCGCCGAGGUGGACUCGUACCUGUCGCUGAACGUGAGCUCCGCCUGGUGCCUCACCGCCCGGGUGCUGCAGGCAUUCCCGCAGCGCCCAGGUCUGAGGCGCACCGUGGUGAACAUCAGCUCACUCUGCGCCAUCAAGCCUUUCCCAUCCUGGGCCCUCUACUGCACUGGGAAGGCUGCCCGGGACAUGAUGUUCCAGGUGCUGGCACUGGAGGAGCCGGACGUCCGGGUGCUCAGCUAUUCACCAGGACCACUGGAUACAGCCAUGCAGGUGGAGGCUCGCUCCAGGUCAGCUGACCCCGGCAUCAGGAAGUUGUUCAGUGACCAGUUCGCCGAAGGCAAGCUGCUGAGCUGUGAGGCGUCCUGCGCCAAGCUGAUGAAGCUGCUUCUGGAGGACAGCUACACCUCCGGUGCUCACGUCGAUGUCUACGACCUGUAGACUCAGAGCAGGUAGCACAGCCCACAGUUUCCUGAUGACAUCACCGUACAUCGGCACAGACCCUAACGUAAGCUCGGGUCGACCCACACACAUUCCAGACUGUAUAAAAAGAUGGCAACAGCAUGACCUCAGCAGAGGGCGCUGAUAUCUCAUGCUGGUUCCCUGUGAUGAUCUCAUCACAUCUUGAUUCCCGUGCUGUGUUGAAGCCGUUUUCAGGUGCCUUACUUGUUAAAGAGCUUUAGGUGGAUCCGUAUGGUGUUCGUGCUGCUUGGUGCAUCUGACAUGUAACUUUAUUUGUGAUGAGGUCACUUUUGUAAACUUGAUACUGGUCAAGUUAGAAAUAAAUCUGAGAGCAGCUGUGUGGUCAGUUUGUGGGGUUUUUUUGUUUGUAAUUUAUGGAAGAAAACAAACAAACUCUUUAUUCAGACAGCAUCACACAAACAGGAAGUGAUCAGAUCCUGAGGUUAACAGCAGAGAUGUAGCCCUGACCCCACUCACCUUCACACUCAACUACAGCAGGUGAGUGCAGGUACUUUUAACACGACCGAGGACAGGAAUGGCUGCAGCUCAGGUGUUCUCCGGCGCGUUCAGCAGUCCUCCACCUCCUCGUUGUCAUUACAGGACGAAAAAGAUGAUGAAUGAGUCGUCUUGAGAUGGUAGCAAAGCUGGGCUUAAGUCUGACUUUAGGGUUUUUAGCUGGGAGCACUUCCUGUCACCCGUUCACAGCUGUGACUGUACUUGGUCUUCCCAGCAGAGUUGUUCCACUUUGAUCGCUAUAUUCUCUGCUCCAAACUAACCUUUGACCUCAGUGUGACUGCAGAGCAUGACUGUCAGCUGACUGAUGUCCUGUGUGCGACCCACACACAGUGUGUGCGUUGGUUGGGUCACACAGGACUCUCUGUAAAGAAACUAAUAAUGGAAAAUUUCAUUUUAAAAUAAAAACAAAAUAAGAAUAAAUAAUUUAAAAAUAAUGAGCCAUGUGGAAGACUUAGCCUGAAACGAUUUAUCGAGUAAUUCAGUUUUACACAGAAACACUGAGAACACCACAGUGGCAGUGGUGAGGACGCUGGCACAGUUUAACGUGGAGGCAAAGUCUGUUUACACACCAAAGAGCAAAGAGGCGGAGCUCAGGCAGAGUGAAAGAAAACAGCAGCUGUUCCUGUGACCACCAUUAAACCCUUUACUGAGAGACAGCUGCAGGAGUCCUUCGUCAAAGCGCCCGACCAACAAACUUUGACACAGUUUGUUUCACACAGAGACAAAUCUGUUCCAGAAGUUUUAUUGAAAUCUGGAGAUGAGCUGUGAACUUAGUCUGAUACAUGUUUAAAUCAUAGAGCCACCAUAUUUUAAAUGGAAGCGAACAAGGGUGAGUCUAAGGGAGGGUGUGGGGUGUACUAGACCAGAUUAAUUUGAAGGCUUUGUAACAUUUUUCAGAUUGAAAGUGGAAAAAAUAUAUAAUAUUGUAUUGUUUUGAAAAACCUAAAAAAUAAAAGCUUUUUUCACAAGACAAUAAAAAUUAAUGUGAGCUAGUAGAACUGUGAGCUACUGACCUGAAGGAUUUUAGGUUAAACACUGAAUUAUUCAUGUCUACACCAUCACAACAGAAACUUGCCUCCUAUUAACAUAAGAAAGCCUUCCAAGAAGAGAAAAGGUACAUUUUAAUGGCCUAGUUAAGGUUGGAUAUAU